GGAUAUCACAGGUAUCCGGACACACCUGUACCUAUACACAAGAGCGUAGUAGUCGCAAUCAGUCGUUUUACCUUGGUUGAUAGACCUUUUAUUUCGAAAUCGGGCAUUUUGGUGGAUUUCAUACACAUUUAGCAGAUGCGAAUCUCCAGAACGCGUGAGACUUGAACAAGUUUGAUUUAAAUGGUCCUCAUCUGAGAAGUAUUUGAUCAAAGAACUGUCUAUAAGAAGGAUGACACUUUCCCGGAUAGAACUCUUGUUCGGCACCGUGGUGUUGCUUCAGGUAUUUACGGGGAGCACAAAGGCCCAAUCAUCCGGUGAACAAUGUCUGACGACGUUCAAGCAAGGGAAGAUAGAUUUUGUCCUGGACACCGAGGAAUCUCUGAAAGAUGGCGCGACAUUCAUCUCAUCUCCGCCUGUGACGGUCGUUAAUGACUGCAUAGUGUCCUGCUGCAAACACCAAUACUGCAACCUGGCUUUGGUGGAGAACGGCGACACAGAAGGAUCAAUCAAGACAUGUUAUCUGUUCAAUUGUUUGUACAAACAGAAGAAGGUUUGUCGAUUUUGGAGGAAGGAAGGAUUCAAUAAUUAUGUUUUAACCUCAGUCUUCGGGAAUUACCUGGAUGAUCCAAAUCCAGAAGAUGAGGAUGACCACCCCCCGAUUGCCAACGGUGGCCAGGACCGAGUCAUCCAGCCUCAAGAAACAGUGACCCUCGAUGGCUUUCAGAGCAAAGACGACAAAAAAAUUGUCAGUUACCAGUGGCGUAUGGUAUCAGGACAACCAUCUGCUGUUAUAGAGAAAACAAACUUUGAGGAUCAAGUGAGUGUGUCCAACCUGUCCUCUGGUGUGUACAAGUUCCAGCUGACAGUCACAGAUUCUAUCGGCCAGUCCGACUCUACUCAAGUCACCGUCCUAGUGCUUACCCUUGAACAGUCCAACCACCACUGCCUAGUGCCCAUGAAGGUGGGCCCCUGUCGAGGCUCAUUCCCCCGCUGGCACUACAACGCUGUCACAGAGAAGUGUGAGGAGUUCCGCUUCGGAGGAUGCAAGGAGAACAGCAACAACUACCUGUCCGACGCUGAGUGUCAGGCCGCAUGCGAUGGAGUAUCAGUUAUGCCAAGCGGGACAGGGACAGGAACAUCAACAGGAAGAAGAGUGCCUGCUCCAGUCCCUACAGUGGAGAUGUGUGGGCAAUCCUGCCAUUCUGAUCAGUUCACAUGCGCUAAUGGCUGCUGCCUGCACCCGGGGCUGGAGUGUGAUGGAGAAAAACAGUGCAGCGAUGGCUCAGAUGAGAACUCUUGCGCAGAGUUGAAGGAUCACCUCACAAGGCUUCUCGACAUCAAAGUGAAUGAGGGGAAAGCGCGUUGCACUGAGCCCCCGGUCACUGGACCCUGUAGGGCUAGCUUCAGCAAGUGGUUCUACGACCCUUAUAGCCAGUCCUGCUCUCGCUUCAACUACGGUGGCUGUAGUGGAAACGACAACCAGUUUGAAAAAGAGGAGGUCUGCUUGAAAGCCUGUCAAGGAGUAACUGACAGGGAUGUGUUUGAACGAAAGGGGCAAUUCCAACCCCUGGAAGGUGACAGUGAUAAAGGCCCCAUGAUUAUCGCUGUCCUGCUGGGUGUGGCCAUCCUGGUCCUGCUGAUCGUGUUGGGCUACUGCUUCCUGAAGGGCAAGAAGAAGAACCAGUCACACCACCAGCGAGUGGGGGUCAACGGUACACAUGGCACUGCUGAGUACACCGAGAAGCUUGUCUACAACAGCACCACCAAGCCCAUCUGAUGGGGUUGGUCAACACCAGCACCACUACCUGAUGACCUACCUGAUGCCACCACUGCCUUUCAAUUUCCCUCUCUUACGUGUGUGGACAUUAGGAAGGCUAGGAGGUAGCUUUCUGUACACAAACUCUGGCUAUAUAUAUGUAAGUGUUUUUUAGCAGGUUUGUCCACAGUGUGUCCCGGUGCUUUGGAUUGUUGGUGAAGGGACAGUGGGUACAACCGAAACUGUGAGGCUUUUUUUUAAUUUUUUUUUAUUUUUUUUAAUUUUUUUUUUUUUAGAAGUGGUCUGAUUUGUUAUGCUAUAACAAAUGUGCUAUGUGAAUAUUUUUAGGGUUAACAUGAACUUUAUUUCCUACCAAAUAUAAGCAUACCGGUAAUUAUUUUAAGUGAAGUGAGCAAUCUUAAGAAGCUUCAUGAUUCCUUAUUUUCACAAGAAAUGUUUUUAAUAGUCAUGUCUGUAUGUUUAAUCAGGUUGUUGUACAGCAACUCUGUUCUCAGGGUACCAGUGGUCUGUGGUUAAAUGAUAUACAUGGCUAUGGUGUUACUUUUAAAGCCCCUUCACACCUAUAAAAAAUAUUCGCCACUGUAUCGACAGCUGUCUAGUUCUUGCAUAACAAAUGUAUCUCUUUCUGACAGAAGAGAUUUUUGUACAUAAAUACAAAUGUUGUGUAGUACAGUAAUGCUAUA